AUGCGUGUUAAUAAAGAGUUUUCACACAGCGGCUAUCGAACUCAUCAUGGACAAAAAUAUGAUGAUCGUUUAAAAAGAAGAAAUCGUCGUUAUGAUGAUUAUCGUUUUCGUAGUAAUGAAGAAUCGUCAUUGCGUACAACGUUAAAAUCUCGUCGUCAUCGUUACGGAGAGUAUUCUACUGCACCUUCAAAUCGAAAAGACAAUGAUCAAUUGAGUUACUAUGAAAAUCAUAAAUCAUCAUCAUCAUCAAGAUUUGAUCAUCCAACAAACAAUCCAGAAAUUUACUCUCCAUUAUUAUUAGUCAAUCAACAAAAUCUGUACGAUGGUCAACAUCCAGAUGAUCUGUUUUAUAAAGCUUCGCAAUCAAUGCCAAGUCGAGGUUUAACAUCAAAUUACAUUGACUCUGAAAGGAAUCGGUAUUCACCACCACCACCAGUGUCAUGUUCUUCAACUUAUCGACGAGAAAGUACUCAUUCAUCGCCAUCUUCGUAUAGAAAUGAAUAUAUAUCUCGAAAUGAAGCUGAUCAACAUACUCGUAAUGAAUAUCGAUCUCCAACACCUCCUCCAGUAGGACCUUUACCUAUACGCAGCAGUACUGUUGAUUCAUAUAAAAAUGUAUAUCGAUCAAAUGAUUAUAGCAAUCGUUCUCAACAAUUUAAUACAGAAUCAAACCGAAAUAAUUCAUCACGAGCUUAUCAUCCGAUCGUACCAAUACAAUCGUCUAUUCAUCGUUCUGAUUCAUAUCGGACUUCAUUAGCUAUUCGAAUGUCAUCACAUCCGCCAUUAUCUUCUUCUAAUGCGCCGUCAUAUGUUACUCAUGAUCAAUUUGCACAGUCAAUUCCACCUAUGAGAGAGAAUGACUAUCGAAUACGAGAUUAUGGAAUGACAACAUCGAUAGAUCAUCGUCAAAUUGUUGCAAAUGACUAUUGUUUAUCAUCAUCCUAUCGAGAUCGAUCGAAUCUGAAACAACGUUCGAGAUCAAAUUUCGAUGAAAAUGAAUUUCAACGGCCGAUGAGACGAUAA